AGAGCAGGCGGCGAUGGGAGCUCUCAUCUACCUUUUAACUUUGAAAAUGGCUUUUAUGACUUUGUGUUUGGGGUAUGUCACGUUGUCGGGAUGCGAUUUCGUGUGAGCGGGAAGACAAAGGAGGAGGGAGGAGGGGAGACGGGCUAGACAGGCCUGUGGGGCGAAGUUCAGGAAGGGCCUCCGUCGCCGGUUCCCGUAGGAAUGCCUUGCCAGCACUGGCAUCUAGGCCACGGCUCCGGCCCCGGGAGCUGCACGGAUGCUGUGGCUUCUUACUACUUCAGACGGACCCACCCAGGGUAAAUAGCUGUGUGAAAAGUGGUGAGCAUGUCCUGGAGGAGUUGGAAACAGAAGGGGAGAGGCAGCUGAAAAGCCUCCUUCAGCAUCAACUUGACACCUCUGUCUCCAUUGAGGAAUGUGUGUCUAAGAAAGAGAGCUUUGCUCCUGGUACUAUGUACAAGCCCUUUGGGAAGGAAGCAGCUGGGACUAUGACUUUGUCCCAGUUCCAGACACUGCAUGAGAAGGACCAGGAAACUGCUUCUCUUAGGGAACUAGGGCUCAAUGAAACAGAAAUCUUGAUCUGGAAGAGCCAUGUUUCAGGUGAAAAGAGGACAAGACUGAGGGCAACCCCGGAAGCAAUCCAGAACCGUCUUCAAGAUAUUGAAGAAAGGAUCUCGGAGCGUCAACGCAUCCUCUGCCUACCACAGAGAUUUGCCAAGAGCAAACAGCUGACCCGGCGAGAAAUGGAAAUCGAAAAGUCUUUAUUUCAGGGAGCAGAUCGGCACUCCUUCCUCAAGGCUCUUUAUUACCAAGCAUACCACAAAAAGACAAGUGCAGACAAGUACAUGACCUCAAUGAAGAGGAAGAUAAAAUUAGGCACAAAAGAUGAACCCCAAAAGAAGAACAAAGGUGAUCCCAUGAACAACCUGGAAAGUUUUUACCAAGAGAUGAUAAUGAAAAAACGUCUUGAAGAGUUCCAACUUAUGAGAGGUGAACCCUUUGCUUCCCACUCACUGGUCUCAGCUACAUCAGUGGGAGAUAGUGGCACAGCUGAGAACCCGUCAUUACUCCAGGACAAGGGAAAACAGGCAGCACAGGGUAAAGGUCCCAGUCUCCAUGUGGCAAAAGUUAUUGAUAAUUCACCUGAGCAGUGUUGGACUGGGCCUAAGAAGCUGACGCAGCCAAUAGAAUUUGUCCCAGAAGAUGAGAUCCAGAGAAAUCGUUUGUCAGAGGAAGAGAUCCGAAAAAUUCCUAUGUUUUCUUCAUAUAAUCCAGGGGAGCCAAACAAGGUGUUAUACUUGAAGAACCUUAGCCCUCGGGUGACCGAAAGAGAUCUUGUCUCAUUGUUCGCUCGGUUCCAGGAGAAAAAAGGACCACCAAUUCAAUUCCGAAUGAUGACUGGACGAAUGAGGGGGCAGGCUUUUAUCACCUUUCCCAAUAAGGAGAUGGCAAGGCAAGCAUUAUAUCUAGUAAAUGGAUAUAAACUGCGUGGGAAAAUAUUGGUGAUAGAAUUUGGAAAGAACAAAAAGCAACGGUCAGAUCUCCAGGCUGCUUCUCUCAUAACAUCUGCUACAGAUAACAUGACAGAAAUCAGUGGUAGCUAAAAGAUAUAUAGAUGGUGAGUCCCAGGAGGUCUUCCUUGCAUCAGAAUCUUGGAUCUAGAAUUUGUGUAUAGAUAGAGUUUGGAUUUGAAGAAGAGAAACUGAGGGAGGGGAAAAUUAAGAUAAUCCCUCUCAGUUUCAGGAUAAAUUGGUAGAAAACACUUUUUAUAAUCAAAGACUAUAUAGGACAGACAUGCCAAGUAUGAAGUAUAGGAUACAAAAAGUAUCAUUUUCUCAGGAUAAAUUACAAAUGAUUAUUUCUAAGGAUUUUUUUUAAAUCUUUAUGAUUUAUCUGGGGUCUUCAGUAUUUGUCCAUAAAGAUAACAUUCUUUCCAAGAUCGCCUCCUAUAUGCAGAACUAAAAAACUAAUUAAAUGUUGAAAUACUUAUUUACUAGAGCUCCCUAUUAUCCCUAAUUGUAACCACCUAGUAAAUAAAGGACUAAGACCCCAGGCCUAAACAUCAACAAAUGCUGUUGAGUGGGAACUAUCAGCAGUGACAAUAUGUAUUUUCAUAAAUCAGUCCACAUAUUUAAUGAAUGCUUCCCCAUAAAGUUAUCAGUGUCUUCAAAAAGCUAUAUAUUUUUCUAAUGAAAUCAUUUAGAUCAAAAUAUUGAUGUUCUCAUAGUCAUUUAAGCUAGCUACCAUUGAGUAAUCAUUGAAUUCAAAGCAAUAAACAUUGAAUGACUAAUAUAUGUUAAAAAUUAGGUAUAUGAAUUUACCAUUAGGUAUAUGAAUUUACCCUAAAGGAGGAUGGGAAGAAAGCAGUCUCUAGAAGAGAGCCACCCAUUCCCAAAUCCCUCAGUUGUGUGUAGUUGCUGGUGAAUAGCAAGAAAAUAUGAUAUAGAGGAUGUAGUAAAAACUUUGGAAUCAGACCUGUGUUUGAACUUCACAGUCACACUUAUCACUUCAUGACCUUGGCAAGUCACUUUAUCUGAGCCUCAGUUUUCUCAUCUAUUAAAUGAGGAUAAUAAUACUACUUACCUCUUUGGGUUAUAAGUAUUAAGUGAGAUGAUAUUAUUUUGGCUGAAGAACAGGAAGAAAAAAAAUGAAAGUUGAACAGAGAGUAGAACCAUUAAUCACUCCAACAUACUUGUAAUGAAAGGACCAGAAAAAGAGAAGAGAAAGAAGCAGGAAAAAUAUUCCAAUAAAUAAUGGAUAUAAAUGUCCCAAAUUUGAUGAGAAACAUUACCUACACAUCCAAGAAUUUCAACACACUUCAAGUAGGAUAAAGAAGAAAUCCACAGACUCAUCAUGAUAAAAAUGCUAACAGUCAAAGACAAAGAGAAACUCUUGAAAGUAACAGGAGAAAAAUGAAUCGUUAUUUACAAGAGAACACCAAUCAGAUUAACAGCUGACUUCCCAUCAGAAACAAUGGAGGUGGCAGUGGAAUAACUUAUUCAAAGUGCUCAAAGAAACCAACUGUUCAUUAUAGAAUCCUGUAUCCAAUAAAGCUGUGUUUUAAAAAAUGAAGAUAAAAUGUAAGUCUUCCCACAUAUCAUAAGCUGUUGUUGCUGGCAGACCUGACUUAACAGGAAAUACUAAAAGAAGUUCUUCAGGUGGAAAGCAUUGACCUCAGAUAAUAAUUUAAAUCUACCCAUAUAGAAAAGUAGCAUGGGUAAAGGUAAUUACAUAAGAGAUAGUCUAAAUGCAUUUUUCUUCUCUAACUUGAUUGAAAAAGUAAUUUUGUAAAACAAUAUGUACAUAGUUGCAAUGUUGGGUUUAUAACAUAUAAAACUGCAGUACAUUUGCCAAUAAUGGGCCAUAGGAGGUGGGUGAGGCAAAGCUGUACUGGACUAUAGAAAUGACUCCAGAUGGUAACUCAGUUCUACAGGAGCAAGUGAAGAGAACAAGAAAUGGGAAUUAAGAAAGUAAAUAUAAAAAAGCAUCAAAUAUUUAUUUGCUCUUCUUUCUUCUCUGAGCUUCUUUAAAAGACAUAAAAUUAUAUCAGUAAUAAUUAUAACAGUAUAUUGGGUUAAUACUGUGUAGAAAUAAUAUGUAUAACAAUAAUAGUACAAAAAAGUGGGGGAAAGAAAUAGGUUCGUAUGGGAAUAAGGUGUUUAUAUCAUUGGAGUUAAGUUUCUAUAUAUCUGAAGUCAAUUCAGUUAAGAUUUGUAUGGUAAACCCUAGAGCAACCACUACGAAACUACCUGAAAAUAUGUAGUAAAAAAUAUUAUUAAAGAAAUUUCAAUUUUUCAUUAGAAAAUAUUCAAUGCAAAAGGAUGAAUAGAGGAACAAAGACAAAAAAAAAAAAACCCUGAGACAUAUAGGAAACAAAUAGUAAAAUGGCAAUCUUAAGUCCACCUAUAUUAAUAGUAACAAUAAAUAUGAAUGGAUUAAACCAUCCAGUCAAAGAGUGUGUUAGACUGGAAAAACAAGCAAGAUUUACCUCUAUGCUAUUUGUUGAAGUCACACUUUAUAUUCAGAGAUACAAACAGGGGCACCUGGGUGGCUCAGCUGUUAAGCAUCUGCCUUCGGCUCAGGUCAUGAUCCCAGGGUUUUGGCAUCGAGCCCCACAUCAGGCUCCCUGCUCAGCGGGAAGCCUGCUUCUCCCUCUCCCACUCCCCCUGCUUGUGUUCCCCCUCUCGCUAUCUCUCUCUCUCUGUCAAAUAAAUAAAUAAAUAAAAUCUUUUUAAAAAGAUAAAAACAGAUUGAAGGUAAAAGGAUAGAAAGAAGUAUCAGUCAGAAGUCAACUGUAAGCAAGCUGGAGCAUCUGUACUAAUAUCUAAUAGACUUUAAAACAAAAAAUGUCAUUAGACGUAAAGAGUGACAUCUUACAAUGAGAAGAGAGCCCAUCAGAAAGAGUGAAAUUAUAUAUGCAGUAACAACAGAGUGCCAAAAUACAUGAGUCAAAAACUGAUUUAAAUGAAGGGAGAAAUCCACAAGUCUACAAUAAGAGUUGGGGUAUUCAGUAUCCCAUUUUCAAUAAUAGAACAAUUAGAUAAUAAACAAGGAACUAGAAGACCUGAACAGUGCCAUAAUGAACUAGACCUUAAAGUGAUCUAUAAAACACUAUACCCAGCAUGGACAGAGUGCACAUUCUUCUCAGGGGCACAUGAAAUACCUCUAAGAUCAUAUCAUAGACCAUAAAACAAACCUCAGUAAAUUUAAUUUAAUGCAAAGUAUGUUUCUGACUCCAUGGAAUGGAAUUAGAAAUCAAUAACAGAAAGUUGAGGAGCUCAGAAACAUGAAUUGGACACACUUUUAAAUGACCAAUGGGUCAAAUAAAAAAUCACAAGGGAAAUUGGGAAAUCCUUUGAGAUGAAUGAAAAUGAAGACAUGACAUACCAAACGUGGGAUGCAACUAAAUUAAUGCUUGGGGAAAAAUUUAUAAAUACUAAUACUAAUGCCUAUGUUUAACAAGAAGAAUAAUCACAUAUCAAUAAUCUCAUUUUAUGCCUAAAACACUGGGAAAAGAGCAGACUAAAUUUAGAGUAAGCAGAAGGAAGAAAAUUUUUAAAAAGAUCAGAUAAAUAAAUGACAGAGAAUACAAAAACAGUAGAGAAUGUCAAUGGAACUAAUAGUUGGUUCUAUAAAAGAUCAACAAAAGUGACAAACAUUUUGUUAGAUUAACCAGGGAGAAAAGAAGACUGAAAUUACUAGAAUCAGAAGUGAAGGAGGGAACGUUACUACCAACCUUCUAGAAAUAAAAAAUAUUAUGAAGGGACCCUAUGAACAAGUAUAUAACAAUAAAUAACUUAGAUGAAAUGGAAAAUUUCCUAGAAACACAAAAACUACUGGAACCAAUAGAAAACAAAAUCUGAAAAUAUGUAUAACAAAGAGAUUAAUUAAUAACUCUUAAAAAUACCCACAAGAAAAAACCUAGGCUCGAAUGGCUUCUCAAAUAAAUUCUAGCAAACAUUAAAAAAGAAUUAAUACAAAUUCUUUGCAUACUCUUCCAAAAAAGUGUUCAUAUUCUAAUUUAUGCUACAAACAUGAAGAACCCUGAAAGCAUGCUAAAUGAAAGAAGCCAGUCACAAAAGACUAUAUAUGAUUCCAUUUAUAUGAAGUGACUAGAAUUGGUAAAUAUGUAGAGACAGAGAGUGGAUUAGUGGUUGCUCAGGGCUGGUGGUGAUAGCUGAAUUGUAUGAGGUUUCUUUAGAGGUUGAUUAAAAUGUUCUGAAAUUGAUUGUGGUGAAAAUUGUACAACUCUAUGAAUAUAUUAUAAAUAAUGAAUUGUGUGCAUUAAAUAGGUGAAUUUUUUUAUGAAUUAUAUCUCAAAGUCACAAAAAAAAGGAAUUGGAUAAGACCCAACUGUCCAUCAAUAGGAAAAUGAAUAAAUAAGUCAUGAUACAUUCAUUUAGUGGAAUACUAUGCAUCCAUUAAAAUAAUGGGAUAUAUCUGUGAAUACAUUCUGAUCUGUAUAUGCAGAAUUUUGUAUUAAUUUAAAAAGCAAGAAAUGGUAUAAUGUGAAUGCAUUUUGUAAACAAAAGCAUUUGUAUAUGUAUGAUACAUGUGUAUAUACGUAUUUCUGAAUAAAUGUAGGAAAAAGCGGGGAAAUAUACAUACCAAAUUGUAAACCUUUUAGAAGUGAGAUUAGAUAGACUGAAAGGGGACUUUUUGCUUUAUAAAAUUUUUAAAGUGGUAUGAUUUGGGGCAAUUUUUACUUUUUUCAGGUUUUUUUUAAUUAAAAAAUUUUUUUUACUAUUCUACAAAUGACUUGGCUUCCAGAAUACUUGUCAGGCCCGCUCUGAGGAUAUCAUCUAACUAUACUCAGGAAAAACUCCUAUUCCUUUGAUAUAGUGCUCACUUAGGAUUAACUCUUCAAUUUUAAAUACAGUGUAAAAGGAAGAAGCUAAGUUAUCCUGAUAUAACCUCUUGCACAUGUUACCCAGGGACAUACUUCUAAGCUGGACUUUUCAGAAGAAACUUAGUUCUGUUGAGUGGAAUAUCUCGCCUCUGCCCUUUGCUAGACCUGCAGAUCACUAACAAUAGAGGAAAAUAACAAUGGAGGAUGUCCCUCACCUGGUGCAUAAACAAACUGUGGUAUAUCCAUAAAACAGAAUCCUACUCAGCAAUAAAAACUAUGAUGAACUGUGAUACAUACAACAACUUGGAUGAAUCUCAGAUGCAUUUUGCUAAAUAAAAGAAGCCAAACUCAAAAGGCUACUUGCAGUUUGAUUCCAUUUAUGAUAUUCUGGAAAAGGCAAAACUAUAGGAACAGAGAACAAAUCAGUGGAUGUCAGGGGUUAAAAAUGGCAGACUGAUUACAAAAUGGUAGCACAGGGAAUUUGCUUUAAUAAUGGAAAGUUUCUGUAUCUUGAUUAUAGUUACUUAAGUGUAUGCAUUUGUCAAAACUAGAAUUAUAUGCCAGAAAGGAUGAAUUUUACUAUAUGUGAAUUUUUAAAUAAAUGUAAUUUUUAAUGGAGAGAAGUCAUAAAGUAUUGUUCCUAUUCUGUGGUCUUUUGAUUACAUGGAAGACUUAAAGCCACUUAGCUACUAUUCCUUAUUUUUUGCACACAGGUCAACAGAAAUCAUCAGUUAAAAACAUCUGCGUAUA